AUGUCCAACAUACUAGUUAAAACGUGUUUAAAUUCCUUACCUCCAAAAUUUAGCAGAUUUUGUUCAUAUCGUUUUGUGAGUCCGGUGCAUGCUGUUUAUGGAAAAAUAAACUCUGAGAAUUCUUUUUUGAAAAGAAAUCUACAUAGCUCUUCCAUCAUGAGUAACUCGAUCCUCAAUGGUAAUUUGUGGGACACUGACCCCGAGCUUUAUGCCAUCAUCAAAAAUGAGAAGGAGCGUCAGAGAGCUGGACUUGAGAUGAUUGCUUCUGAAAACUUCACAUCUAUUCCCGUCCUACAAUGUCUGAGCACAUGCCUUCACAACAAAUAUUCCGAGGGCAUGCCCAACCAAAGGUAUUAUGGAGGUAAUGAAUACAUUGAUGAAAUUGAACUUCUGGCACAAAAGAGGUCUCUUGAGGCUUACAGGCUAAAUGCAGAAGAAUGGGGAGUCAAUGUGCAACCAUAUUCAGGUUCUCCAGCCAAUUUUGCAGUAUACACCGGUGUAGUGGAACCUCAUGGCAGAAUCAUGGGAUUGGACUUACCUGAUGGUGGCCAUCUUACUCAUGGAUUCUUUACAGCAACCAAGAAAAUAUCUGCCACAUCUAUUUUCUUCGAAAGUAUGCCAUACAAGGUGGACCCUAAGACUGGUUUUAUAGACUAUGACAAACUGGCCGAAACUGCGAGGCUGUUCAAGCCUCGUUUGAUCAUCGCCGGUAUUAGUUGCUACUCUCGCUGCUUGGACUACAAACGGUUCCGCCAGAUUGCUGAUGAAAAUGGCGCCUACUUGAUGGCUGAUAUGGCACAUAUCUCUGGACUUGUAGCUGCAGGUGUCAUCCCUAGUCCGUUUGAAUACUGUGAUAUUGUGACAACGACAACUCACAAGACACUGCGUGGUCCCCGCGCGGGAGUUAUCUUCUACCGCAAGGGUGUUCGCUCCGUGAAGGCUAAUGGCCAGAAAGUCAUGUACGACAUCGAAAGCAAGAUCAACCAGUCAGUGUUCCCUGGACUACAGGGAGGACCACACAACCAUGCUAUCGCCGCCAUCGCCACUGCAAUGAAGCAAGCUACAACCACUGAAUUUGUUGAAUACCAAAAGCAGGUCGUGAAGAACGCUCAACAGCUAUGUAAAGGUUUGAUGGCUCGUGGUUACGCUAUCGCGACCGGUGGCACAGAAGUCCACUUGAUCCUGGUAGACAUGCGCAGCGUUGGGCUUACGGGAGCUCCCGCCGAGCGCAUCCUGGAACUGUGCAGCAUCGCUUGUAACAAGAACACGGUACCUGGCGACAAAUCCGCGCUCCAUCCUAGCGGCAUUAGGCUCGGCACCCCUGCCCUUACCACUAGGGGCAUGAAAGAAGCCGACAUCGAUAGAGUAGUAGACUUCAUUGAUAAAGCAUUGAAACUUGCCCAAGAAAUCACUAAAGUAUCCGGCCCUAAAGUUGCUGACUUCAACAAAACUAUUGAAGAAAGUGCAGACUUCAAGGCUAAAAUCAAGAGUCUGAAGGAAGAAAUUGAAAACUACAGUAGGUCGUUCCCCUUGCCUGGUUUCGAAACAUACUAA